AAAUGCCCUUUUUGUCGUCAAGAUGUUGACGAAUAUUUACACAUUUUUCUUUAAUUAUUUUCUUUUUCUCACAUUUUCAUAUUUUCAUUUAAUUCUUUACCUUUUUUUUAAAUAUUACAUACGUAUGUAUAAUUGAAUUUUUGUUAAAAUUUUGAUUUAAAAACUUGACGUUUAAAGCAAGCAAAAUAAAUUAAAAAUGAAGUAAAGUGGGGCUAAAGUCAUUUUCGUGGGGAUUAAUUCCUUUUUUUUUUCGUGGGGAUUCUGUCAUGUAAGAACACCCACGUUUGGUGGGGCUUAAUUCAUUUCGAUUGGUGGGGAUAAAAUCAUUUUCGUGGGGUUUAAUUCAUUUUUUUUUCGUGGGGAUUCUGUCAUGUAAGAACACCCACGUUUGGUGGGGCUUAAUUCAUUUCGAUUGGUGGGGAUAAAAUCAUUUUCGUGGGGUUUAAUUCAUUUUUUUUUCGUGGGGAUUCCGUCAUUUUUGGUGGGGAAAGAUUCACUAAGAAAUUGGUGGGGCUUAAGUCAUUUUGCCCGGUGGGGGUUAAUGCAGUGGGGGCUAAUUCAUACACCCAUUCUCUACUGAUGGGAUGUGCUGAUUGUUUAUUAUAGUGCAUUCCGCUGGUUCGUUAGUCGAGGAAACGCAAGUAGUGUUACUAAUAUCUAUUAAAUUCCUCCGGCUACAAAUUCUUAUAUUAUUAUGUUCCUUACAUUUAUUCUUAACGCCAAAACUUUGUUAUUAUUACAAGUAACUAUAUCCUCAUAGGGGAUUUUAUUAAUAUUUUUCUUGGUUUUAUCAAAAUUGAGUCGCAAAUAUCCUCAUUUGUUAAGUGUAUUCCGACUAUAUAAAGUAACAUUGUAUUGUUUGAGGCGACUUUUAUAUUUGCUAGUUCUAGUGAGUCUUCCAUAUUAUUUAAUGUAAAGUUAUUAUUUUCAAAUACAGAUUUUAUUAAUCUAAGUUCAUCAUUUGACAAAAUAUAUGAAUUUACAAUGCCGGCCUUUGCCCAAUGCAUUGCGUAAUCUAUAUUAAUUAUUUCCUGUUUAAUAAUUUUUAAUUUAUAUUUUACUAGCUGGCCCCGCAGCCGUUGUCCUACGUGAAAUUAUGUGUUUUGAAAUGAAAAGAAAGUUGAAUUUAUCAUUUCAUUUUUUUUUUCAAUGUAACGCAGCUUCAUAAACAAAAUUUUUUGGUUUCUGUUCCGGUGUACAGAAAAGAUGGCUUUCCAACUCGUGUGCACGCCACGUAUAUCUGGCCGUGUGAAAAACAUAGAAUUUCCAAACUUAUUGCACACACUAUGCGACUAUCCUUGUGUCCUGUUGAGUGUCAUCUCAAAUGCAAUUUUCGCUGGAAACUGAAAUGGCAAAUCGUUGGAACUCAAAGAAAUUCGUUGAAUCAAGCAUUCAGCCUUUUGUAUUCGAUAGCUGCGUCACAAUCAGUCGGGUUCCAUUACAUAGUUUCGGCGCUUGCAGAUUGCAAAACAUAAUAACGACAGAUCAAACUUUGAGACGCAAAUGAUGCGGUGGCAUACCAAGCCUCUCCAAAGAAUUUAUAAUCUCCACUGGAUAAUUCACGGCGACGUCUUCAAUGGAAAGACGAUCGGUCGAUUUGUAUGAGCGCAAGUCUUCCGGAAUUUGACUUUGAAUCUUCCAGUUUAAGUCAAGAACAUCUGUAUUUUUUUGGCAGUUAAUAUUGCGCGUGCAUUUAAGGAAUCAUAGUUACGAUAAUUUGGCCAAUGUCCGAAGAUUGGUGAUGAGUUCAUCUUUCGUGAAUUGAUAAACCGCAGAUAGAAUUGAUAUCAAACCACCGGAAGCAUCAACCGGAAUUGACCCAUUUCCAAUUUUUAGCGAAUACGAUGUAAAAUGUCUUCGACAAUGUCAUUUUUGUUCGUAUCUCAUAAUUGAAGCGGAUUUAAAGGCUGAUAUGGUGAAAUGAUUAUCGCGAAAAGUGUGCGAUCUUCAUUUGCAUUCGAAGUAGCUAUCGCAUCGUCCAACGUUUGUUUCCACUGAUUAUCGUGUUCCAGCAAUUGUAAUUGCGCACACCAUACCAUUCACAGUACGCAAUGACUCAAAUGAAGUUGAACGGCGUACAUUAAUCAAUAGCAACCGAAGGUAGAAGCAAUCAUCGUUUUUUGGGUGGGUUGUGCAAAUUCAUCCUAAUGCAUUAGUUGAGAACACACCUGAAUGUCCAUCUACUGUUCGGUCUUGCCAUGAAUGCAAGGUAUUUUCAAAUAGAGCAAUGUUCUCGUAAGCGGAUCACUGACGAAAGUUGAGAAAAAAACUCGUCAAUGUUAGUUUUGUUGUUGGCGGUGUUACCACCGGCUGUAAUGUAUUCUCUGGGCUGAAAUAAACUCUUUGGCCAAUCUCCAUAUUAACUGCGAGACACACAACAAUCGGAAACCGUUCAUGAAUUGCAAAAGUAAAUAUCCUACAAAGCGCUUUAUUGCAGUUCACGUAUGGACCGUAUCGUUAAGACCAUUGACCGCCAUGUUGCUUCCCUUGGUGACGUACUUACAAACGUAUUUUAUAGAUUACACCAAACUGCAAUACUAAACAUUGAUAUGAGUUUUGAAUGUGAAUUAGACAACAGUGGAGAAUAUAGUACGAUCCAUAUGGUGUCAACUUCGAUCUUCACUAUUCUAAGUUGUAUGGUCGUCUGAUGAGCUACGACGAUGGAGUGGAUAUCCAUCAUUUCCAGUUUGCAAUUCCGAAAGAAAAGCAAGCGGAUAGUGUUUCGUGCAUUUAUUGUUAGACAUAUAAACCGAAAAGGGUCCAUGAACCAUAUUGCUUUCCACCACUUCAUAUAAUACUGGAUCUUUCUCUACAUCAGGAAUUUCCAGAGAAAUGAUUUCAUCAAUUUGAUCUGGUGUAACCAUCAUCCAAAGAAGAAUAUGUGCGUGCGGCAAACCUCUCUUUUGCCACUCAACAGAGUACAUCUAGCUAAAGUCAAUCAAACAUCGUAACUGUUGUUUGAAAAGUCGUGCUGUGCCAUCGUGACGAUCGCUUACUGAUUGACCGCGAUCCAUAAUUCCGCACAUAUGUCACCGCAUCCUGGGAGUACUUCCUGCCUUGUCUUGGGCUGCAAUACUUUGAUGUCAAAAAGAACACCGACCGAUAUUAGGGCGAUCUCUUGGUGGCUUCGUAACAAAUUUCAAUCUGCAAUUGACCUCUUUGUGUGAAACACACGUAAAGUUUUCACUGAAUAAUUUUCAAUUGUUCAAUUCACAACCUGUCGUAAAGCAUCGUAAAUCGUAAAAUUAUAAAAAAAAAGUGUAAAAAUUUAUAAUUUUACGAUGCUUUACGACAGGUUGUGAAUUGAACAAAUAAUUUUUCUUUUGAAUAGCCGGAAUAAAAAAGCAAGCGAUUGAGACUGAACUAUUCAAAUAAUUUCCAAAUCAAAAUAUUGAAAAACAAAACAGAAAUUGAAAAAAAAUGUUUAUGGAAAAAAGUUACUUUUUGGAAUUAUCCAAUUUGCCGACUUUUCAUGAAAAGUAUAAGAUGUUUUUAUUUCUAAACCUUCCUUAAUCCACAACAAACAACCUCUUAAAAUUUCAUCAAUAUUGGUUCAGCCGUUCUCUUAGCGUUACUAACGAACAAACAUUCAUUCGUUUGUAUGAGAAAAAGAAAAGGACUGUUUUUGGGGGUUUUCCGGCAAUUAUUCGAAUAAUCCCUGAACCUAAACGAAUAUUUUAAAAAAAGAAUUAUCAAAUUUCGUUCAGUUGUAUUAAAGUUAUGAGCGUACAUACAUUUUGGCGAUUCAUUUUUACAUACAUACAUAUUUAUAUAGACGAAGAUGUAAGGUUGUUUUUAUUGUUUUUUUUUUUUUUUUGAAGAAAUGAAAUAUUGAAAUGAUUCCUACAAACAUGAAUUUUGAACAAAUGCUUAUGAUUUGAAAUAUAAUUUUUGUAUUUAUGAGUUGUAUUAAAUUUUGACAUAAAGAGAUAAAAAGUAUCCUAUGUCCGUCUCCUGGCUCUAAGCUACCUCCCUACCAAUUUUCAGCCAAAUCUGUUCUGCCGUUCUUGAGUUAUAAGUGAUGUAACUAACACGACUUUCUUUUAUAUAUAUAGAUUUCAAGAGCCAAAUACAACACGUAUUUCUUCGUUCGUUUGUAAAGUUUUUAUUAUUUUAUUUGAUAUUGUGGUGAUAUUGGUAAUUCUGUCAAAAAUUACUAUAUUAAUUAUUACUUGUUUAAGUUGAUUUUCUAGAAUUACUAGGUCGUCGUGGUCGGGAUUUCCAGCGAUCCAUUUCCAGACUGUCCCUGAAUGCGUCGAAUACUUUCAGAGCUGGAGUGUUUUCGUCCAUCUGGACAACAUGACCUAGCCAGCGUAGCCGCUGUCUUUUAAUUCGCUGAACUAUGUUAAUGUCGUCGUAUAUCUCGUACAGCUCAUCGUUCCAUCGAAUGCGAUAUUCGCAGAAGUUUUCUCUCGUAAACUCGCAACGUCGACUCAUCCGUUGUUGACAUCGUCCAAGCCUCUGCACCAUAUAGCAGGACGGGAAUUAUGAGUGACUUAUAGAGUUUGGUUUUUGUUUGUCGAGAGAGGACUUUGCUUCUCAAUUGCCUACUCAGUCCGAAGUAGCACCUGUUGGCAAGAAUUAUCCUGCGUUGGAUUUCUAGGCUGACAUUGUUGGUGGUGUUUACGCUGGUUCCAAAAUAGACGAAAUUAUCUACAACUUCAAAGUUGUUUGUCUUUUAUAAUCUUUUUUCACUGUUUUAUUUUCAGCUAUUAAUAAUUCUUUUCUUUAAUUAGUCUUUUUUCAGAUGAAAUUAUUUUUUUAAGUUAAAUAAAUUUUUAUUUACACAAUGUUAGCGUUAAGAUAUUUAAUUGCAAUAAAUUACAAUUUUAUGUAAAUAUGUAUUAAAAAUAAUAAAAUUAAUAAUUUAAAAGUUAAAAAGUUUUUUGAAAUUUUAAGAAAUUUUUAAAAAAGGAAUCAAAAAAUGCAACUCUGGGCAUCAACUGUUUAAAAUGCAACCCUGCAUCAGCCGUCGAUUGGGGAUAUUAGAGCAGGACAGAUAUACUUUUUUAUACGACACUGCUGAAUGAGCGCAACAGAGAUGUAUUAUCACAUGUAUACGUACGUGUGAGGGGAAAAGACGGUAGGAUAUUCGCUCGGCCUAAGACAAUCUCUAUAUGUUUACCCCCACGUUUACCACCCACUGAUUGUCUGGUUUUUUACCCGCUCAUGGUUGGCAGGGACUUGAUACGCUCACUUGGUAUUUUGGUAUGAUAUGUCUUGCAGAGUAUAUGUGUUGCCUGCCUUUGGCGUUUUGUUCUCCGUAUUGUGUUCCAGCUGGCUACCUCCCUGUGCUGUUGUUUGUUUGUAUAUUUGUUUUAAUUAUUCGCGUCCUUUUGAUCCGUUUUUUGUAUGCUUUGUUAUUUAGGAGCUUUUAAACUGCGCCCGAUUUAUGUUUUAUUUUGUAUAUUUUAUUAUUAGCCGUUUAUGUUUUGUGUUUAGAUUUCGCGCACGUUGGUUUUAGUUUGUUAAAUGCAUUUUUGUUGUUUUUUGACACGCACUUUUUAUAUGUUAAUGUCAUUUUUUAUUUAAUUAGGAACUUUAUCCAAAUUUUUGGCAAAAAGGAUUUUGUUUUUGAUACUUAUAUGUAUGUUAUGUAAGUUAAAAACUUUUAAGUUUUAUUUUAUUUUUUUAUUUUAACACGUUUUGACAAAAACUGUACAAAAAUACCUUUUUAAUGUUUAAGUUUGUUGGAGCGAUGUCCAACCAACUUAAAGGACAGCCAAAUUAAAAGUAAAGCUUAAAUCUAAGCUUAUGCUAUCACCAACUUAACAUUCUAAGCGCCGGCAGAGCGAGACGUCGGGAGCGACGCAUAUUGUUAGUGGCGUGCUAGUAGCGGCAUUAAUAUCCGUAAUAUUAGUUUGGCGCUCUUUUAGUGAGUAGCGGUAAAGUGGCGUGAUGCGUUUGCCAAAUUGUGUACCUGCAUUCCUGAGCAUUCUUAGGCUUGCAUGGUACAGUACACUAUAUAACAAAAUAUUUAUUUUGUUAACUUGUAUAUCGUCACCUAAAAUGCAAAAGGCCGUAACUCACAAAAAAUUCAAAAUUGACUUUUUGAUUGAUUAUAAAGUACUAAACCGAAACACGUGUACACAGCAAAUUUUACAUGCAUACGUCCAAAAAUAACGACUUUAUAUGCGAGAAUCAGAAGGCCGCAACUACAACUUCAACAAUUUCAUAAACCAAAAAGCCGUAACUGCCCUUUUUUCAUUCUCUUUAAUUCAAUUUCAAUGUGACACAUUGUGUUAUCCGUAAUUACAGUUGUUUUCAUUAUCUUUCUUUCUUUAUCAAAUUGUGUUAUUGUGUUACUGCCUUCAUUCCCGGAAUAAAACAAAAUUAAUAAAAUGAGUACUAAUUGUGAAAAUGGUUGUAAUGAAAAACUUAAAAAAAAUAAUAAAAGGUCUGGAUAUAUAAUAAACCGAUUGAAAGGAAAAAAAUACAUGGGGCUAUCAAAAGGCAUUAUUAGUGAAAAAGCUCCAAGAGAACUUAAAGCUGGAUGUACUUCAAAAUUCUGGGAGAAAAGUGCUGUACGGAACUGUUCUACAUUUUCCCAAGAAAAUCGUAAGGAAAUAUUUAAUAGGUUCUGGAAAAUGUCAUGGGAUGAAAAAAAAAUGUAUGUCGUUAAUCUUGUUGAACGCGCGAAUAUAAAGCGAAUUUGUGUUGAGAACUCUAGAAGAUCAAUUACAAAUGUUACUAUUUAAAACAUCAUUCUAAACGUGUUCAAGUGUGGUUUCAUAUGUUUUUAUCUACGCUUGGAUUAAAUGAGAAAAUGGUGAGGAAUUGGGUAAAUUUCAAUGACUUCCAUGGCACCAAUAUUUCGCCAGAAGAACAAAACAAAAUAACAACAGAACGUAAAGCAUUUACUAAUGAAGGAGUCUUAUUUCAAAAACGUUUAAAUUUUCUGGAAAAAUGGUUGCAUGACAUUCCUAAGCUUGAAUCACUCUACCGAAGACAGUAUACGAAGAAACUGUACUUGCGGUCAGAUUUUAAAAGCUACAAACAUGUCUAUGAAGUUUAUUCUAAAGACUGCGAGACUAAUGAAGUAGUUCAUGUAUCUUUUCCAACAUUUAUGGCAGUAUUAAAAAAAAAACAAAACAGUUGUAUAUUUAAGCCAAAAAAUGAUAUGUGCGACACCUGCACAUCAUACGAAUCGAAGAACUUAACCCAAGAUCAGUACGACAUUCAUAGAAAGGAUAUACAAGACAUGAGAAAUGAAAAGUUAAUUGACAUAGAAAACGCCAAAUCAGGAUUACACUUGUUGUUAUGCAUUGACAUGCAGGCAGUGAAAUUGAUUCCACAGACAAAUGCAAAUGCCACGUACUAUAAAAUGAAAUUACAAGUGCACAAUUUCACAAUUUAUAACGUUAUUUCACAUGAAUCUGACAAUUUUGUCUGGGACGAAACCGAUGGUACCCUUGUUGCUUCUACCUUUGCUACAUGUAUAAUAAAAUACAUAAAAAAUUCCAUUAAAAAGUCACCAAAUAUUCAUCACAUAAUUAUAUGUUCCGAUGGUUGUUUCUUUCAGAACCGAAAUGUAAUUCUCCCUAAUGCAAUAUUAUCUUUAUGUGUUCAAGAAAACAUAACGGUAGAACAUAAAUAUUUAAUAGUGGGACAUACACAAAUGGAGUGUGAUUCGACCCACUCCCUCAUUCAAAGAAAAAUCAACAAGAGACAAAUAAAUUUACCAUCUGAGCUGUCUGGCUUGAUUAGAGAGUCUCGAAAGGACCCAUUUCCUCUAAAAGUGCACCAUGUUGAUUACAAGUAUUUCCUUGACUACGAAAGUAUUCCUAAGCGCUACGUAUCUAUUCGACCAGGUAAAGAUUAACAUACACGUAUAAAUUAUGUAUAAAAAACUCAACAUCUUCAAUACAGGCAAAAAAUCCGGAGAGCCAACUGUUAAUAUGAUCCGUGCCUUGGCAUAUGAUCCAUCUGGAAUAAUUUAUUAUAAAACAAAUAUCAACGACGAUUAUAACGUUUUGCCACAACGUACACAACAAAAAUUUAGGGACAUCGAAGCUUCACAGUUAAAUACCGAAAGAAUAUCAAUAUCUAAAAAGAAAUGGGAACACCUGCUGGAACUUAAAUUUUUACUUCCGGCUGACUGCCACAGCUUUUAUGAUAAUAUACCCUUUACAUCUUAAACCUAUUCUUAUUUGCUAUUUGUAUUGCAGGUUUUGUUGUUUUCAAAUGAAUUAUUUUGUUUUUCUUAACCAGUUUAAUUUAACUUUAUUUUCUCGAAUUAAAUGUAUUAAUUAAAUAAUUUCUUCUGUGUUAAAAUACUUACAAUAAGUAGAUACAAAAAGACAUAACUUGUUAAAAACUUUUUUAGUUACAGCCUAAAAGCACAUUUUCUUAUUUUAACCAUUGCUUUCAUUUUAUACACAAUUUUUUUCAAGUAGUUACGGCUUUUUGGUUUCAGAAAAAUAGAGUGCAAAAGGCCGUAACUAACAUUUCUUAAAAACUGCUUUUUUCCCAUUAAUUUGGUUUUCAGAAACAAAUCCGUCUGUGUUUUCUAAGCUUAACUCUACAAUUUGGAUAUUUAGCUUUAAGUAGUCUUUAAUCCAGAGCCGCUCAAAGUAAUGCGCAAUUUAUUUACCAACGCAUACAAUCACACAUUUGAUAUCUGCUAGCGUAUGAUUGAUACACUGAGUGAAUCGUGCUAUUUGGUUAUUUUGUUAUUAAAAAUUUAGAAAAAAAUAAAUAAUUAUGGUUUUUGAUUAAAAAAGCAAUUAAGAACAACAAUAAUUUUAAGUUAAUUUUUUUAACUUUCCAUGAUUUUUUCCAUAUCGACUUCAAGAUCGUAAGUUUUGAUUCUCAUUAAGUCCUCUAUAUGUUUAUUCGAAACUGAAUUCCUGUAUUUCGAGUGUAUUUUUGACGCUGGCAGAAUUAGCGUCGUAGCGUACAUGCUUCGACUGCAUUUGCUUGCCUAUACUCCGAGUAUAGGCAUGAAAAAUUUUGAGCGGCUAUGCUUUAAUCUAUAACGUUUUUUGCUUCUCCUGUAAAAUACUAAAAAUGUUAGUUACGGCCUUUUGCAUUUUAGGUGACGAUAUGUAUUUAUUUCACUGCACUAUAAUUUUUAUUUUUGUUUGUUUUUAUCACCACGCACUGUUUUAUAAUAUAUGUACAUACAUAUGUAUGUAGAUACGUGUUUUAAAGCUGAUGGCUUAACCGCUAGUGCUAUAUAUAUAUAUAUUAAUUGUAAUUGUAUUUAAUUACCUUUUCAAUAAUAAUAAUAAUAAUAAUAAUAAUAGAUAUG